AUGGGCCAGCAACAAUCGGCCGAGGAAAAGAAGAGCUCGGGUUCCAGAUCUGGUACGCCGCAAGCUGAAAGAGAUCGCAAGAUCAACCGGAGGGUUUCUAUCCAAGCCCUCUCGCAGGGCCGAGGCACUCCUGUCGACGCUUCUGCUACAAAAGACACCGCUGUUGCCCAAACCACUUCCCAACAUCUCGAAAAACCAGCCUUGCAGCAGUACCUGCAAGCCUCGUCCUCCGACACUCAUGCCAGAACCGCCAAGGUUGAGAGGUCCACCUCGAAAGCAUCUCGAGAGAAGAGGAAUGAGUUAGAAUACAGACAGAAAUAUCAGGCUCCGAGCCAGCCACCUCUCGCUGUUCCGCAGGCUUCGGGACCCAUGGAUGUACCCAUGUCGAGGAGCAAACAAGAGACCAUCGAAGAACGCUUUGACGAGAAGCAGGAGGACUUCCCAGAGGGUCAUGCAUACGAAGACCGACAUUAUGCACCCGUCGCUCAACUUCGCCCUCCUCGUCUCCCUCUUCCCAUCGCUGAUGUGCCGAUACCGGAAUCGCCAACAUUGAUGCCUGUUGACAAGGGGAAUGCUGACGUCCCAAUCUUCGAGACCGACGAUCCUCUCUCGACUGGGGAACCGCCGUUGAGAAGGCGGAGUUCCAUGUUGAGCACGACCACCCAGUCAGAGGACGAGCUUGGCGAAGAAUUGCAGCCUUAUGCAGUUCAUCCGACGACUCAAACUGUUCCGACUGUUAUUGAGUGGAAUCAGGGUGGGCACAAGGUCUACGUAACGGGGACCUUUGCCAAUUGGGAAAAGAAAUACAGACUACAUCCGAGGAAGAAUGCACCCGGCAUGUUCACCACCAUCAAUCUCCCCUCUGGAACCCACCAUCUUAAGUUCGUGGUCGACGGAGAGAUGGUCACCAGUGCUGAGCUGCCCACCGCAGUCGACUUCAACAAUUUCUUAGUCAACUACAUUGAGAUUGCUACAGAAGACAUCACCAAGCCGCGAAGAGAAAGCGCCCAACAGGGCACCAAGUCUGCUGCCCUUGUGCCGGAGGAACAACGUGAACAAGCUGAAUCAGGGGAGGAGACACCUGAAGAUUCGGACGUGGAAGAACCACAUCUUGAGGAAAUCCCAACCGGUGACUGGCGUCAAGUUGUACCACCAUACCUGAUCGAUGUCGACUUGCCUGAGGAAGACUCGAAAUACAAGGCCGCAGGGCAGAUCAUCCAGGAACUAGGCAAUCCGCCAGCGCUACCGCUCUUUUUGAGCAGGUCCAUUCUGAACGGUAUCUUGCCGGUCAAGGACGAUAACAGCGUCUUGACUCUGCCAAACCAUACCGUCUUGAACCAUCUCAUGACUAGUAGCGUGAAGAAUGGCGUACUGGCAACGAGUGUGACGACGCGCUACAAGAAAAAGUAUGUGACCACGAUCUCCUUUAAGCCGGUUCCAAAGGCACAAACGGCUGAAUGA